ACAAGGCCCAGAAAAUGACUUGUAGCCCACGGGGCUUUUCCUAUAAAUGGUUAAACCCUACACGUUGUGCGUGUCCCAUCUCCGAGCUUAAACCCUUCUUUCUCCACCGACUCUCUCUCCAACCAAAAAUGGCCUCCGUCGCGCUUCUACGUGCUCUCCGCCGCCGCGAACUCCACACAGCUUCCGUCUCCGCGUUUAAAUCCGUUUCUACAAAGACCUCUUUGGUGGGUCACUUCGCAAGGCCUUUCUGCUCGAGGCCUGUGGGGAAUGAUGUUAUCGGUAUUGACUUGGGUACCACCAACUCUUGUGUAGCUGUCAUGGAAGGAAAGACUCCUAGAGUCAUUGAGAACGCAGAAGGAACAAGAACCACACCAUCAGUGGUUGCUAUCAACCAGAAGGGCGAGCUUCUCGUUGGAACACCAGCUAAACGUCAGGCUGUAACCAACCCAACCAACACCAUCUUCGGGAGCAAGCGUUUGAUAGGGAGACGUUUUGAAGACUCCCAGACGCAGAAGGAGAUGAAAAUGGUUCCUUACAAGAUCGUCAAGGCGCCGAACGGUGACGCUUGGGUUGAAGCGAAUGGUCAGAAGUUUUCUCCAAGUCAGAUUGGAGCUAAUGUUCUGACCAAAAUGAAGGAGACAGCUGAAGCUUACCUCGGGAAGAGCAUUACCAAAGCUGUUGUGACUGUUCCAGCUUACUUCAACGAUGCGCAGAGACAGGCUACUAAGGAUGCUGGGAAGAUCGCUGGUCUUGAUGUCCAGAGAAUCAUCAACGAGCCGACGGCUGCUGCGUUGUCGUAUGGGAUGAACAACAAGGAGGGUGUUAUAGCUGUGUUUGAUCUUGGUGGUGGAACGUUUGAUGUCUCUAUUCUGGAGAUCUCGAGUGGUGUUUUUGAGGUUAAAGCAACGAAUGGAGAUACCUUCUUGGGAGGAGAAGACUUCGACAACACUCUGUUGGAGUAUUUGGUCUCUGAGUUCAAGAGAUCAGACAACAUUGAUCUGACUAAAGACAAGCUUGCUCUCCAGAGGCUGAGGGAAGCUGCAGAGAAGGCCAAGAUCGAGCUUUCCUCCACAUCUCAGACCGAGAUCAACCUUCCUUUCAUCACCGCAGACGCUUCCGGAGCUAAGCACUUGAACAUAACCUUGACCAGGUCCAAGUUCGAAGCUUUGGUCGGGAAGCUGAUUGAGAGGACGAGGUGUCCGUGCCAAAACUGUUUGAAGGAUGCUGGAGUCACGGUUAAGGAAGUGGAUGAGGUUCUCCUCGUCGGUGGGAUGACACGUGUUCCCAAAGUGCAGGAGAUUGUCGCUGAGAUCUUUGGGAAGAGCCCCUGCAAAGGUGUGAACCCUGAUGAAGCGGUUGCUAUGGGAGCUGCUAUUCAAGGUGGUAUCCUCCGUGGUGAUGUCAAGGAGCUGCUUCUUUUGGAUGUGACUCCUCUCUCGCUUGGGAUCGAGACGCUUGGAGGGAUCUUCACUAGGUUGAUCAACCGUAACACCACCAUCCCCACAAAGAAGUCUCAGGUUUUCUCCACAGCUGCGGAUAAUCAGAUGCAAGUGGGAAUCAAAGUUCUUCAGGGAGAGCGUGAGAUGGCUGCAGACAACAAGAGCCUAGGAGAGUUUGAUCUCGUUGGGAUCCCACCUGCGCCUAGAGGAAUGCCGCAGAUCGAAGUCACCUUCGACAUUGACGCAAACGGUAUCGUGACGGUCUCAGCCAAAGACAAAGCAACGGGCAAAGAGCAACAGAUCACAAUCAGAUCCUCAGGUGGUCUCUCAGACGAUGAGAUCAACAGAAUGGUGAAAGAAGCUGAGCUCAACUCACACAAGGAUCAAGAGAAGAAGCAGCUUAUUGACUUGAGGAACACGGCUGAUACCACAAUCUACAGCGUUGAGAAGAGCUUGAGCGAGUACAGGGAGAAGAUUCCCGCUGAGAUUGCCUCUGAGAUUGAGACUGCAGUGUCUGAUCUCAGGACAGCAAUGGCUGGUGAAGAGAUUGAGGAUAUCAAGGCUAAGCUUGAAGCAGCGAACAAGGCGGUGUCUAAGAUUGGAGAGCACAUGUCUGAGUUACAGUCACGAGAGAUAAACUGGUAGGAGAUAGAGUUUAGGGAACUAGACAACACACUUAUAUCGUGGAUGAUCCCUUUGAGUGCAACCACCGAAGAGGUUCCUGUGAGUAGGCCAACUAGACUUUUGGAGUCUGUGAAACAGACUACGUCCUUGAAACCUGAUGAUAUAGCCAAAGAUAGGCUUGAUUUUAGUGCCAUCGCCUCUGCCAUCAAGGCUGAAGCUACAAACUGGCGAGUAUCUGAUCCCUGAAAACGGACAGUACCAUCUGGAUCUUUUGCAACCCAACCUAAACCGCUGUCACCGGAGGAGCUGAUCCAAGCAGCAUCCGAGAAACAGAUUAGAGAAUUGGUUGGUACCUGUGGAAUAUGAUGUUGAUGAGAUUCAUUCAUUGAGUUUGGACAGUCUUUAGGCGAAACAGCAUUCUUCCUGUGGCUAGGUUGAGCAGCUUGCCACUCCUUUGCCAGCUUGAUAGCUUUUAGGAUCAUAUCUGUUUCAGAAAAAGACUUAUCCUCAAACAUAAGUUGAUUACGACUCGUCCACAACACCCACAUAAUCCAAGGAUAUAGGGGAGAUGACAAUCCAACAGGAGGGAGGUUUGUCAUUCGAGUGCAUUUAUUGAGUACAUCGCUCAGAGAGUUGCAGUUGGUUGUGUUUGGAACGAGAUGAGCAGGAGCGAUACUCCAUACUUUCCUAGCAAUGGUACAAGAGAACAUCACAUGGAAGGUAGUUUCUAGUUCCCCACACCUCUUGCAUUUACCCUCCGUUAUUAUGCCUCUUUUCAGUAGUGUUUCACCAACAGCCAGUGCAUUUGUCUUUAAUUUCCAGAGAAAGUGGCGAAUCUUUGGUGAGCAUUUCACAUUCCAUAUGCAUUGCUUCCAGUUGAAGGUCUCAGUCGUGUUACUGAUGUUGAGUUUUGCAAGCACAUACCCCGACUUUGUAGAGUAGUUUCCACUUUUUUCGUGGAGCCAGACUCGUUCAUCACUAAGUAAAGGGCUCGGGACCAGCUUCCUGAUUUGGGUCUCAUAGUGAGGGAGGUAAGCUCUUAUCUGUGUCAGGUUCCAAUCUGAGCCGUCGGGUCUCAUCAGGUCUUUUACUCUGAGAUCUUUUGCUUCAGCGGUAGGUGGGCCGAUCGGACUGCUUUGAUGUUCCGUGGAGAGCCAGUUUUCACCCCAGACUUGGAUUUGUUCUCCAUUACCAACAGACCAUCCUAGUCCUUUCUUUAUGAUCUCUCUGCCCGCUAAGAUCCCUCUCCAACCAUGUGAUAUUGAGCAGGGUACAGAGACGGUAAGGAUAUUGAGCAGGGUACAGACCUGUACUGACUCUGAUUGACACUUGGGGUGGAGGUCUCCACCGAUUUCCAACUAUAUUCGUAUUAUUCAACUAUUGAGUGAUAAAUGAAAACAAAGAAAAUAUGGAGCAAGUAAAGUCAUUCAAAGGAAAACAGUAGAUAGAAACAAGACUGCUUGUUUUGCUUGAUUUGUGAAAUUACUAAACCCCACGGACACAAACACACAUCUUCUCUCUUUCGUUUUGUCACUUCCCUUCGUCUUUCUAUAUGAUCAAUCCCAUCACCUCACACACUCAUCAAUUUUCUUUAUGAAUAAUAGGCUUUGUCCAAACUUCAUUCUAAUUUCUACAUGUUUUAUGCAGAUAUUCCAAAUGCUAAAUUGGACUGAAACGAAAGACAUGCUAUAACUUGUAGCAUAUAAAUAGAAAAUGAUCAUUGACUUAACAUAGAUAUAAUAACUAUAUGAUGCUGAUUUUACGUUUUAUCAAAGUUGGUGAUGAUAGCCAAAUAAAAUAUUAGUUUCGGAUUCUCAAAAUUUUAAGCGUUAAUACAUAUAGCCAUUGAUCUACCAAUUUUUCAAACAAAUUAUUCAAUUUUUAUCAAAUUAUUUAUAGUCUCUAAAAUUUUAAACUGUUUCUGCAGUUUAUAUAUGUUUCAAUUUAUACACUAUUAUAUAUAUAUUAUAUCAUUGUUGUACAUUUAUUAAAUUUUUAAAUUAGGUUUUCCGAUACUGCUAAACAAGCCAAAAAUAUACUCAUCUGUUUUACCAAAAAUGCUAUAUUGAUACUUUGUUAUACAAACAGUGUUGUUUUAGAAUUCUAAUGCAAUUUAUACUUAAUUUAAAUUUACUGUUAAUUAUUCAUUAAAUUUUAUAAAUAAUUCUAUUUAUCUUAAAUAAUAUUAGUUAAUAAGUAUAAUUAGUAAGGAUACAAAUACAUUUUAAUCAUUUUCAUCUCUCUAAAAUAUAAAAAGUGACAUUCUUUUCAAAACAAAUAUUAUAUUAUAUAGAUUUUGUUCUGUUUUUCUUGAUUCUUUGAUUUUUUCGUUUUGAAAAAUAUAAAGAUGUUAUUGUAGUGGAACCGAGGAAUUUAAUGUUUAUUAAAUAAAAAGUUAAUUUUCUUUUUAGAAAAUAUAAAGAUGUUAUUGAAGUUGAUUGGUUAGUGCUUUGGUUGCUGUGGACAGCAAAAAAUAUUUCUACAGCCACAAUAUUUAACAAUCAAGCUUUGCUUUAAUUUUUGAAACCUACAGCUGCUUUUCUUUUUUUCCUUUUCUUUUGGCUGUAGACACUAAUAUUUCCACAGCAAAAUAACAGUGCUUUAGAAACUUAUUAAUAAAUCUGUGAGUUUUAUAACAUACAAAAUCACAACAAAAAUUUUACAGCUACAGCAAAAAAAUACACAGCAUAAAUUCUACAGCAAAAAACUAAAAUCACAGCUGCAACCAAUCAGACCCAUUGUAUUGAAACCGAAGAAUUUAAUGUUUUAUUAUAUAAAAGGCAUGGUAGUUAGGAUAUCUUCAUUGUAGUUUCAAGAUAUCUCUAAAAAUAGUAAUAAAAUUAUGAAAAGAGAAAAUAUGAAAACAUGUUUCCACAAGAGAUGUCAAAAAUAAAAAUUAAGCUAUCUAAAUAGUCCAAAUAUUAAAAUAUAAAUAUAUUAUUAGUUAUUCUUAAAUAUGCAUAUAAGAAUUUUUAAAAUUCGAUUCAAGAACUCGCUCUUACAAAUAAAUAUAAGGAAACUCUGUAUGCAAAAAAAAAAAAAAAUAUAUAUAUAUAUAUAUAUAUAUAUAUAAGUAAACUCUGAACUCUACACAAACAAGUACCAGGGACACAGAAAAUUACCAGUAUUCACUAAAUUCAACCCGAAAAUCAAUGUGAUGGCAUAAUCGUUAUUGACGACAGCAGAGCGGCUGAUUAUUUGUUCAUCAUCUUAUUCAUUUUUCGCAUCAUAUAUCCGAUGUAUGUAGUAUGUACCCAAACGUAUUUAUGACUGUUUAUUAAACCAACAAUCUUUUGCUUUUUUAUUAAAUAAGCCAACAAUAUUUCCAAAUAUAAAUCUCAUAUGCAUAAUGUAUUUUAUAUAAUGCAUACGUACGUGUGAUGUAGCUUUCAUCUAUAAAAUUGGUAUUUGUCAGAAUCAUCAUGAAAAUAGAUUUCCGUGCGUUCUGUUCACAAUGCGUGUUCUUCUAAUACAAUACUACUAUAUCUUUUUUUUUUGUUAAAUAAUACAAUACAAUACUAUAUCACUUGUCGAUAUUUAAAGGUUACUUUCACUUUUUUUUUUUUUGUAAAAUCAGAAGCCAUAAUAGUUGUAUAAAUAAAAGCAAAUCAUUUUUGGAUAACGCAGAAUUUUAUUCAUCUCUGUGUUUUUGUUAACCACUAUAUGUAAACAUCAUUAUAAUCAAAAUAACGCAGAAUUAUCAGAAACUAAAACAUAUAUAU